AAUAUACACACAUACGUGAGGCUCGAACCAGUGACCGGAUGGUCGAGGCCAUUACGUAACUUACGCUUGGCUUGGCAUCUCUGCGUUUUCUCACGUGCACCUGCAAUCCAUAUCCAUCCGUCGGCAUUUGGGAGGCGGACUGGCAGCCGAGUAGGUACCACCGCCGAGGUUUAUCCGCAACCUCGCUCCCAGCUCUCUCUCUCUCUCGCUCAAUAUGGCAGCAACAGACGCACCCGGGCUCCCAAUGCACGACCUCCCUCCCCAGAAGACCGCCCACGACGCUCCCGAACGCGCCACCGCCGACGACCCGAAACACGCGCAGCUGCACGAACACGGCCCGCCCCGCGCCAAACCCGAGCCCACGGCGCACCAAGCCGCGUGGGGGCGCGUGCAGACCGCGGCGCUGUGCGUCCCGGUGUUCCUCGCUGGCUGGAAUGACGGGACGCUGGGCCCGCUGCUGCCGCGGAUCCAGGCGGAGUAUGGCGUGGGCUACCUCGUCGCCUCGCUCCCGUUCGUCUGCGGUGCGGUGGGCUCGAUCAUCGGCGCGUUCUUGACGAUCACGAUGACGCCGCGGCUGGGCUUCGGGAAGAUGCUGCUCCUCGCGCCGAUCGCGCAGCUCGUCGGCUACAGCCUGCAAGCCGCCGCGCUGCCCUACCCCGUCUUCGCGCUCUGCGCGACCCUCAACUCGAUCAGCACCUCCAUCCUCGACGCGCAGGCGAACGGGUACGUCGCGAGCUUCGCGCGCCAUGCGGAGACGCGGAUGGGCUACGUGCAGGCCGCGUACGGCGCCGGCCUGUUCGCGGCGCCGCUCGUCUCGACGCAGUUCGCGCGGCUGCCGCGCUGGUCGUUCCACUACCUCGUCUCGCUCGGCCUCGCGCUGCUCAACUGGUGCCUCGUGUUCCUCGUGUUCCGCGGCAGAACCCAAGACGAAUGCCUUGCCCGGAUAGGACAGCCGGUGCUGCGCGUUGAGGGGAAGAGGGACAGCCAGAUGCGGCAGCUGUUUGGGAUGAAGGGCCUGCACAUCCUCGCUGCGUUCCUCUUUGUUCACGUCGGCGUCGGCGUGGCGAUCGGCGGGUGGACCGUCACGUACAUGGUCGACACCCGCGGCGGCGGCUCCUCCGCGGGCUACAUCGCCGCCGGGUUCUCGGGCGGCGCGGCGCUCGGCCGGAUCGCCCUGGUCUGGGUCAACAACAAAGUCGGGGCGAACCGCGUGGUCUACAUCUACGCACUCGCCGCCAUCGGGCUGCAGCUCGUCGUGUGGCUCGUGCACUCGCUCGUCGGCGGUGCCCUGGCCGUGGCGUUCGUCGGGCUCGUGUCCGGGCCGAUCUACCCGCUCGCGCUGAACCGCGCGGCCAAGAUCUUCCCGCCGUCGCUCCUGACCGCGAGCAUGGGCUGGAUGGCCGCGAUCGCGACCGUCGGCGGGGCGCUCGUCCCGUUCAUCGCCGGGGCGAUCUCGUCGAGGGCGGGGAUCAAGAGUUUGCAGCCGAUCAUCGUGGCGAUGAUGGUUCUGAUGCUGUGUCUCUGGCCGGUGGUUCCCAGACGCAUGACGGUAGUGGUAUGAUGUCUACAUGUACAGUUGAAAGAAACAACUCAAUCGAAUUCACACAACGUGCGCGUCCGUCCCCGUCCUCGUCGUCAAACUGCGCCUCCACGACACCUCCCCCCGCGACCCGCUUGCGAGCGUCUCCGCCUGGCCCUCCCGCUCGCGCAGCA